CCCGCGCCCCUGGUUGACUGAUCCUCUCGUUGCAAAGAUCUGCGGGCCAAAAAGCGAGAAGCCGCCGACAAACUCGCCAAGAUGGGUGUUGGACGUCGCAUGAAGAAACAGGGCCCUCCUGAGCCGCUGUCUGAAGAACACUUUUCCAACCUCAAACGGAAAAAGGGCCUUCCAGUCGACGACACUACGACCGAGGUGCGCUCCAGCAAGAAGCGUCGCACGUCUGCAAAGCCAGAGAAACCUGCCGAGAAGGCCCGUGAGGAGCUUGGAAAGGCCGCUGUCACAUCGAAGCCGUCAACGAAACAAGCCAAUGGCACCAAGAAGGCACCCGGUUCCUCAGAGAAUGGGCUGAAAGCCGCCAAGACGAAGCCGAAGAAGGCUGCCGUGCCAGAGCCCGUCUCGGACGAAGAGAUGGACGAUGAGUUUGGUGCCUCCGAUUUGGAUGGCGCCAGUGGCUCCGACUUGGACGAGGCAAAGCUCGGUGACGAUUUCCUUGGCUCUGACGACGACUCAGUCUACGACUCGGACCAGGAGAAUGCCGAGAAUGCCAAGAAGGAAAAGUUUGUCUUCUCGGACGACGAGGAGGAGGAUGAUGAGGACAGGGAGGAGAAGUUGACGGCCGCCAACAUCGAGGGUCUCUCGAGGAGACUGGACCAGCAGCGGGCCAGAGAAGCGGAGGAGAAUGAGGCCGAGCUACGCGAGGAGGCUUUACAGACAAACAUCGAUGGCGACAAGCCCCAUAUUCUUGGUGAUGAGGAGGAGGAGGAUGAGCUGUCGUCAAAGACGAAGGGCCUCCUGGCACCCGACCUUCAGAUGCUCAGGACCAGGAUAACGGAAACCAUUCGGGUGCUGGAGGAUUUCACGAACCUGGCAGAAGAAGGACGGAGCCGAGCGGAGUACACCAGCCAACUAUUAAAGGACAUCUGUGCCUAUUAUGGAUACAACGAAUUCCUGGCAGAGAAGCUCUUCAAUCUCUUCCCGCCAAGAGAGGCAUUCGCGUUCUUCGAAGCCAAUGAGACUGCUCGCCCUGUGGUUAUUCGCACAAACACUCUCCGGACACAUCGCCGUGACCUUGCGCAAGCUCUCAUCAACCGCGGCGUGACCCUUGAGCCGGUUGGCAAAUGGUCCAAGGUCGGUCUGCAAGUGUUCGAGUCGAGUGUACCAUUGGGUGCUACUCCCGAGUACUUGGCCGGGCAUUACAUCCUGCAAGCCGCAUCCUCGUUUCUUCCUGUCAUGGCAUUGUGUCCCCAGGAGAACGAGCGUGUGCUCGAUAUGGCCGCAGCUCCUGGUGGCAAAACAACACACAUGGCGGCGCUGAUGAAGAACACGGGUGUUGUCUUUGCAAAUGAUCCCAGCAAGACCCGUGCGAAGGGUCUAAUUGGCAACAUUCACCGCCUCGGUGCUCGUAAUGUAAUUGUAUGCAACUACGAUGCGCGGGAGUUCCCUCGCGUGAUUGGGGGUUUCGACAGAGUGCUGUUGGAUGCGCCCUGCACUGGAACUGGCGUUAUUGCCAAGGAUCCCGCAGUCAAGACCAACAGAGAUGAAAAGGACUUUCAACAACUACCCCACACGCAAAAGCAGCUGCUGUUGGCGGCCAUCGACUCGGUAAACCAUGCGAGCAAGACGGGCGGCUACGUGGUCUACUCGACAUGUAGCGUGGCGGUUGAGGAGAAUGAGCAAGUCGUCGCCUACGCACUGAGCCGCCGGCCAAAUGUCAAGCUUGUCGAGACCGGUCUGCCGUUUGGCAAGGAAGGCUUCACCAGUUACAUGGGCAAAUCAUUCCACCUCAGUCUCAAGUUGACGCGGAGGUACUACCCGCACCUGUACAAUGUCGACGGGUUCUUCGUGGCCAAGUUCAAGAAGAUUGGUCCUACUCCAGGCAAUGCUGUUCUCGCCAACGGCAAGAAGGACAAGGAUGCCGUCAGCGCCAAGGUCGCCGGCGACGGAAACAGAGACGAGGUCAUCGACAAGACCCCUAUCGGUGUGGAAGGCAACAACAAGGAGGAGGGAGACGAAUUUGGCGGUUUCGACGACAACGAGGACGAGGACUACAUUGAGCGUGCCAAGCGCAACGCCAUGAGGAGGCGUGGUCUGGAUCCCAGGGCCCUGAAGAAGGGCCAGGGCAAGAAGGCUGCGAACGAGGAGGCGGAGCCCAGGGAGACUGUGAAGGAGCAGUCCAGUGAGAAGCCCAAGGAGAAAUCCACCGAUGAGGCUAAGGGCAAAUUCACGGAGAAGACGAAGGACAGGCCGAAGGAGAAGACGAAAGCGAAGUCCAAGUCCAAGGAGAAGAAGUAGGCAGCACACACAAGGUAUAUUGCAUUCCUGCUCAAUUGCUGGGCAUGGAUAGCCUCUUGCCACUGCUCUAUAUAGUCCUGAAAGCGUGACUCCUUUUCGUAGGCACGCGAUUUUAACAGCAUGCUGGCCGGUGUGAUCAGACCACUGCAGACGGUUGGUCUUAUCUUUGUUCUAUGCAUGGUGAGGAAUGACGGUGGAUAGAAAACCCCUUGCAGCAUGCCCUUCCUUGAGUGCUGGCAAUGAGCUGCGGGAGUCCACUGACUUGCUCAGGAACCCAGGCACCGUCAUCCUCAGGAUUACCAAGCUCCGUAGAACAGAGUGCUUGCUUGGAUGCAUUCAACACCCACAUCCAAUUGCUUGGCUAUUUCCGAA